GCACAAAAUCCUAAUCCACUCCUUACAUAAACACCGCAUUUUUAUCCAUCAUUAAAAAAAAAAAAACAUUGAAAUUUGUCCAUUAGGUCAAUAAGUAUUUUACAAAUACUACAAAAUAGUCUGACGCAUUCAAUUUCUGUGUAAACUAUAGAGAUCAGAGUCCAGAUUAAUAAGUAAUUUAUUUCUCCUGAGACAACAUUAUAGACCGGUACCCUUACAGAAGUAACAGUGGUGACACAUUUCUUCUGCACAAUAUCAGCUGUUUUCCUUAAAAAAUAAGAACAUCCUGACCGAGCUGGCAGAAUGGAUUUGUUCUUUUCCAUAUUGGGUUUUCUUAUUGACUGGGAUUUGAAGAGUCUGCUACUGUUUGUGGUAAUUUUCAUAAUCACUUUAGAUUAUGUUAAAAACCGUCGACCAGCUGGCUUCCCUCCUGGACCCGGAGCUCUACCCAUUGUGGGCAACAUAUUCACGUGGGACCAAAACAGGCCACAUGAGAGGCUGAUGGAGUUAGCAAGGAUUUAUGGAGAUGUAUACAGCCUUAGAUUCGGUCAGAAAUGGUCAGUGGUGUUAAAUGGAUUCGAGGCUAUUAAAGAGGCUCUGGUUACGAAUGGAGACAGCAUGGUGGACCGCCCAGCACUUGCUAUGCAGGAAGACGUAUCCGAUGGACUAGGUGUCAUAAUGAGUAAUGGAAACAUCUGGAAGCAGCAGAGACGUUUUGCACUUUCAACCCUCAAAUACUUUGGGUUUGGGAAGAAGUCUCUUGAACCUAUCAUCUUGGAUGAAUUCACACAUUGUGCAGAGGAACUCAGAAGCCAUAAAGGGAAGCCUGUGAAUCCACAUCUGAUCAUCAACAACGCUGUCUCCAACAUCAUCUGCCACCUGGUCUUUGGUCAUCGCUUUGAGUACGGGGAUGCAAAGUUCAGGAAACUGAUGCUGCUGUUUGACAAGGCGCUCCAGAUUGAAGCAUCCACUUGGGCGCAGCUUUACAAUUCAUUUAGUCUGCUGAUGAGAUUGUUGCCAGGUCCACAUCAGACCGUCAAACGGAUCUGGAGCGAUGUGAAGGACUUCAUACGAGAAGAGCUGGACCAGCACAAGAAAAACUGGGAUCCCUCAGAACGCAGAGAUUACAUCGACUGUUACCUGCAGGAGAUUCAAACGAACAAGGAGCAGGAUGGCAACACGUUUGAUGAGGAAAACUUGAUCAUGUGUGUCCUGGAUCUGUUUGUGGCUGGCUCAGAAACCACCUCCACCACGCUGCGCUGGGCUUUUCUCUACAUGGCCAAAUAUCCUGAAAUUCAAGAGAAGGUCCAAGCAGAGAUAGACAGAGUGAUCGGACAGUCUAGACAGCCGUGUAUGGAGGAUCGGGCCAACCUUCCCUACACAGAUGCUGUAAUCCAUGAGAUCCUUAGGAUGGGAAACAUCGCCCCUCUUGCCUUACCUCACUCCACCAACAAGGAAGUCCAGCUGGGAGGCUACACCAUUCCAGCGGGAGUACUGAUAAUUCCAAAUUUGGCCUCAGUGCUGUUUGAUAAGAAAGAGUGGGAGUCACCCUCUACCUUUAACCCGGGACACUUCCUGAAUGACGAAGGCAAGUUUACUAGAAACGCAGCGUUCAUCCCCUUCUCUGCUGGAAAGCGUCUGUGUCUCGGAGAGAACCUGGCCAGGAUGGAACUGUUCCUAUUCUUCACGUCCCUCAUGCAGCACUUUUCUUUCUCAAUGCCGGCUGGACUAAAGGUUGUGAUGGAUUACCGUGCAGGAGUCACUUUGGCGCCAAAGCCAUAUGAAAUUUGCAUAAAGCCACGCUAAAAUAAGUUGUUUUUUAAUAACUUUAAAGGAAGCUUGGAAUAAAAGGUUUUCCUCCCCUAAACAUCCCUACAUGACUCAACUGAAGAGUAGAUGGUAGCUAAUUUCUGCUCUUUAAAUGCAUCCCAAUGGAUGCAUUUAAUGGGAUGAUCCCAUUAAUAAACAAUUUCAUGCAAUUGUAAGCACCGCUACAAAAUGACAAGUGUUGGUUUAGAGAGGUCCUACAGAAAAUCUACCAUCGGAGAGAAAUGUUUCAGAUGGUGUUGGAAGAGCAAUUGAGCCAUUUCCUAAUAAUUUGUUGUCCAUAUUCAACAAACAUGACAAAUGAUUGACAUUGAAUAUAUUUAAAAUGUUUCCUAUAUUUUAUUGCGAUGAAUGCAAAUUUAAACAGUUUUGGAAAAAUGCAGAGGAAGAAAAAGAAAAAAACAAGGCCCCAAGUUUAAAAAGUAGAUAUUUCAUUACAAUAUAGAUAACAACCCUUGUGGGUUUUUGUUUUUUUAAAGGAAACUCCUCCCUUUAAAAGGAACACAGCAGCAAAGAAAAGGUCUGCAUAGCUGCUGCACAUAAAACCCAACAGCUCAAUAAUAAUGUCUCUCUGGAAGAUGAGCCCAAUGUGGAGAUUUAUACCAAUAGAGGAGAGUAAUUGUUGGGUGUUUCUGGAUUUUAGUUUGCACUUGGUCUUCUGCAGAGUCAUUAUUCUGUUAAGUAUCAUUACUAUUAGUAGUUUUAUAUUUUUCUAUUAAUUAAAUAUUAUACGUUUUAUGAAAAUAAUGUUAUCAGACAAAUUGGAAAGUCAGGUAUAGGAAAUGGAUGGACUGAUGAAUGUAUUCACUUGAUCUCCAAAUGAUCCAGCAGGUUCAGCAAAUAGAAAACAACAUUACAGCAAUAAAGCUUGUGUACAAACAAGAAGUCCCACUUUAACAUUAACUGUGUGGGGUGCAUUUUGGAUAAAAUAAGUCUGUUCUUCCUUCAGUAAAGUAACUUGAGGUAAGCUAACGCAAAAUUGUACUCAAGUAAAAGUGGAGUCACUCUAAAAGUAAUAUUACUUAAGUCGACUUAAAAAUUAUGGGUCAGUAAACCUCUUAGAAGUACAUUUUAUCAAUAUGUUAAGUGGGUAAAUGAAGGUGAGGAUAUAUAAACUUAGUUGCUGUCUACUGCUGGUCUUUUAUGAUUUUGUAUUAAGUUCUGUUAUACCAUUACUCCUUCUCUCUGUGGUCUAUGGGUUUUAUUUUGUUUCUGUGUUUAUUUGUCGCGAUUAAUUUCACACAUGCCUUUAUCUUACCUGUCCUUUGUUAACCACUCAGCUGUUCAUCAUUUAUAAUUAUUCCUAUCAUGUAAUCCUAUGUACUGUAUGUUGCUUCUUUCUUUGGUUUUAGAGUUUAAAAUUGUUUGCUUGUUGCAAAUUAAAGCACUACUGAACUCUCCCCAUAAGGCAUUAAAAGUGUAUUUGCUGUACUUCAAA